UAGUUGCGCAGUAUUCGAUCUGCGCAUUCAUGAAUCAUACAACAGCUGAGAGUCUGGUGUUUUCAUCCGAAUUGCUUGUAAUUUUUAUUCAGUUCGCGAACGCGAUCGUUUAGUCCAGUGUAUAAAAAAGCACCGGAGCAAUGUUACAAUUCGGCGUAAAAUCGUAGUUAAAUUACGAAAAAAUAUGUGAAAAUUUCGCUUGAGAAUCUCCAGAGAAAUUUUCGGGCACUUUGGAAGUGCGGGUAGAGGGAAAAAUUACGGUCUCGCGAGGAGAACACGCCGAUAGCGAAAAAUUUCAGCGAUGGAAUUGCCGGCGCCGUAUCUCCAGGCGAUUCAAGCCAUUCCCGGCUCAACGCCGGGCGAGAAAUACAGGAAAAUAAAUACGAUAUCGCAUGAAUUAGCGGCGAAAAUAAGAAAAUCCGGCCAACGGUCAUCCGCCGUUAGCGAUGAGAUCGAAAUUCUGGACGUUCCGGAGCCCCUGAAGCCUUUGAUUCGCGUUGAAGUUGGAAAAAUCUUACGUCAAGAGCACGAGGUGAUAGCGGCCUUGAAGAGCGAGGACAUCAAGGUCGUUUUUCGGGCGCUCCAAGCGAAAUGGUUUUUCAAAGGCAACGCGAAAUCGGGCGCGGUGAACGCGAAUUAUUUUCGCGACAGCGUAUUCCCCGAAAUUUCGCUCUACGCGAGACUGAAGGUGAUCAAAAAUCUCGGACUGUAUCUGAAGGAGCCAAAAGUUGGCGCGGAUUUUUUCAAUCUCGUGUCGGAACUGUACGGCGUUAAUCAAGCCGCCCCUUUACUGGUAGCUUGCGACGAAAAUUUUUCAUUUCAAAUGAUAGUGGAGAAAAAACUGGUGCUCACGUCGAGAAUGGUGAGAAUUUUGUACCGGAAAUACCCGAAUCUCGUGAUAAGGUACCUGCUGCUCGGUGUGUCGGACAACGAGAAUCGUCGAAAUCUCCACAAUAUAAACAUUCGCGAUUACGAGGAAUUUUUGGCCGAGAUGGCGAACACCCGUUUCGAAGAUUUCAUGAACAUUUAUACGAAAACGAAACACAUGGCGGUAAAACUCGGCAAGAGGGGGGCGAGCACUUUCAUAAAAAGUCGACUCGAUUUGCUGAUCGAAAAACCGGAGGAUUACGUGAACUUGAUAUCCCUGAAAAAGUUGACCGAAGAAUUGUCCGGCGAGGAUUUCGCCAAGAUGUUGAAAAAUUGGUUCCCACGUGAAAUCGACGAUUUCCGAUUCGGUAAGGUCAGAGAAUUUCUAAAGUACUAUCGGCCGGAACGCGACAGGUUAACGCUGAUUUUGAACACCUUCCGCGAGGUUUACGGCAAGGAUUUACUCGGUUGUAAAAAACUGAUCGAUUGCGAGAUAUUGAAAAUGUUACCGGUAAACGAAAGGGUUGCCCAAGCUAAGAUAAAAUUGGAAAACGACAGAGACUGGCAUUACGGUGACGAUAAAAAUUCCUGGCGCUGUUAUUUGACCGCUAACGAAUCGAUUCCGAUGAUAAAAAAUGAGAUCGCCAAAAAUUCGGACGUUUACAAACGGGGCGAACUUCUCCAACAAUUGGUUUACACCUGCGCGGUUAACGAGGAUCAAAAAGCGCUUUUGGAGGUGCUGAAUUACGUUUACAACCGACACAGAAACGAUCAGAAGUACAUGAUUUUCGAAUUUCUCGAAUACGUUUCCAGAGAGUUCAAAACGGCCUUGUUGAGUCCCGCGCAUUGGGAGGUUUUCAAUAAAUUUAUAAAAAAAGGAGAAAUCGAAGGUGACUUUGAGGAAAAACAGGAGAUUUUCAUGCCGCUUAUAGAAUCUGCGUUGCAUCAUUGCGUGUUGAAUAAUCUUCCGAUGGACGAUUACGUGCGAAUGAUGGUGGACUUGAUAUUGAAAUCUUGGUAUCGACACUGGAAUAUUUUGAAGAAGGAUUCGAGAUUGGAGAAACGUUUUUUGAACAUAUUCAUCGACGUUAUACCCAAGCAAUAUCCCUCGGGCGAUAAAAUUUGGAAACAAAAAAGGACGGAACGCGCCGUCUGUAAGAUUCUGGCGGAAUCGGUUUGGGACUACAACGAACGUCACUCGAUAUCCAACGGAAAGUUGAAAAAAUUAUCCGUAAAAGAUUACCCCUGGCUGUACGAAAAAAUCCAAAAUUAUCUCAACGGGGACGAGGGCAAGGAACACCGCGCGAAGGGGGCUUUCUUAGAACUUUUGAAAAAAAACGAACGAGAUCUGUACAACGAUUGGUUGCGCGGCGCGAACGAUUUCUGGAAUUUCGGUUUCGAGGUGAUCGUCGACGUGCUCAAAGAAAGCCCGGAAAAAAUCAUGGAAAAUUGGAAAAAUUGUUUAACGGUCGUCCAAAAAACGAUCCACUUCGAGUCCGAGCCGUCGAUUUUCGUCGGCAGGACCCUCUGGUACGACCGGAUACCGGUUGAAUUUUUCAAUUAUUCCCUCGCCGACUUCAGGGGCUCGAAGGACUGCCCGGUUGGUUCGAUCGUGACGCUCGCUUUGUUGGCGGACGGUGAAACGUACGGGAAAAUAAUCGAGCCCUACGUCCCCACGGUGGAGAGAAUGGACGUUGACGAACCCGAUGCGCGAAACAAGUACGACAUCGUUCUGGCGAUAGCUUCGAAUUUGCGAAAAGUAAAUCCGCCGGUCGGUUUGGAUGUUAUAUCGAGAUUUUGCGUAGGAGAUUACCUCCAAAUGGCGAUGCGCUCGAUAACGAGCGUCUGUCGUCGCGUACCGGUGGCAAAGGUGAUCGAAUUCGCGGUGACGUUGACCGGGCGUAGAGUUUCGGUGACGAAACACGGUAUAAGGACGAUGUACCUGGUCGCAUCGCUCGAAGAAAUUUACGUCUACCUGACCGAGCAAUGGAACAAGCAGACCCACAGGUCGAUCAGACACGUGAUUUUCACGAAGAUAUACGAUCUGUUUUCGAGCAAGCCGGAUCCGAAGAGUUGGGAGAUGAUGAAAAAUUGCCUGGACAAUCUGACCGCGAACGACGACGAUAACAUCAUGAAGAAAAUCAUCGGAUUAUCCUCGGUACCGAACGAAUACGUUUACGAGUACACCUCGAAGCUCUUCGACGUACUUAAAACUAUGGAAGAGAAUAGCGACAGUCCGAAUAUUUACGCGGACUAUACCCGCAGGUUGAUAAGAAACAUCGACGCCUCCGUAGCGGAUAUCUUGCCGGAAAAUUUCUCGGAAAAUUUGAUAAAGAAAUAUCUUUUCGAUUUGAAUUUUGACCAAGCUACGUUCAACGCUAUAUCGGGUUUCACCAUUCGCAGCUACCUACUGGCGUCUAAAACCUUCAACGAAAUUCGAUGGAAAUUCUUUCAAGAUUAUCUCAAGGAGUGCCUAAAAAAUUACUGGAACAAACGUCACCCGAAGAGUCGAAAAUUCCGUCCGAUGAAUUACAUGCUCAACGACUUCGUGGUCGAUUUGUGUAACGGAAGCGAAAAGGAUCACGAUAUCAGAAUUUUUCAAUCGAUAUCAGAGGCGCUCCUGACCACGAUCAAGCCGUUCGACGACCCCGUUUCAUUUUUGCAAUUGAUAUUUUCCAUCGAAUAUAACAGAUCUGAUAAUUCCGUAGAUUUCGCUAAUCGAAUACUGAAUAAAAUACCCGAACUGAUCGAUACAUUUUCCAUGGAAUACGUCGUCUCCGAUUUGCCGGAAAAAUUAUCGGACUUUCUGAAAACGCGUCAGUUCAACGAGUCGGAGAGCGAUGAUGAAAAAAUACUUUCCGUUAUCGAAGUAUUCGCCAACAGCAAUUCGAUUCACUGCGCUUUCGUCGCGGCUCAUUUUCUUUUCGAAAAUAAAUCAAAAACGUUGGAAAAUCGUCACCGAUCCGUGGUGCAGACUUUGUUUAAUUAUAAUCAUCCCGCCAUUUCCUCUAUUCUAAACGAACGUUUGUUAAGUAUUAAAUUUUCGUCGGACGCAGAAGAUGAUGAGGAUUGCUGAGUUCGUCGAACUGUAAUAAUUAAAUAGAAAAAGAAAUUGUUCCAAAAUCAUCGUCAAUUCAGUUAUUUCAAUUCACUUACAAUUUUUCUUUCGAUUUACUUAUACAUACAUGUAUCAUAAUAUACGUUGAGCGUUGUGAAAUAAAUUUUUUUAUUUUCUAUCUUUGUACGAAAAAAACUGGCCAACGUUUCUGUAUUUU